AUGACGCUUCAGUGGUUCGUUGUGGCAUUGAUUUUAUAUCUGGAAAUAGCGGUUGUACUUUUAUUACUCUUGCCUUGGAUUCGUCCAACAUUAUGGAGUAAAUUCUUCAAAAGUCGCAUUGUGAAAACGUUCGAAAAACAUGCAAAUGUUUACUUUAUUUCUACACUCUGUAUCCUUUUGCUUCUUUUUGCAGAUGCUAUUCGAGAAGUGCGGAAAUAUGCAGGUGAAGUGGCAAUAGAGGCUUCGAUUCGUCAUACUGCAGAUUCAGAAAAUGUUGUCCACAUGCGACUUUUUCGUGCACAACGAAAUCUCUAUAUUUCUGGAUUUGCACUCUUACUUUUUCUAGUUAUCAAACGAUUAGUUGCACUUCUUUCACGUGGUGCACUACUUGAAGCUGCUGCUGAAGCUGCAAUGAAGCAAGCUGAAAGUGCAACUAAAACGGCAAAAUCUUACAUGUAUGACGAUAAUGAAAAGGAAAAGGAACUAGAGCGACAGGUUGAAGAGCUCGGCAAAGAACUGAAAUCAGCACAAGUGGACAGAGAUGCUAUGAAGGAGCAAGCGGAGGGUCUUCAGCGGGAAUAUGAUCGUGUUUGUGGCCUGCUUAAGCAGGCUGAGAAAGCGAGUGGAGACAAGAAGGAAGAUUGA